AUGAGGACACUCCUCUGGGGUCUCGCGGCCGGUGUUCCCUGGUUUUUCAUCGCAGGCGUUGUUGGUGAGAGCAGGGGCGGCCGUGCCACCGAUGGAAAUGGAGAGGGCUCGCCCAGCGUAGGUCUUAAUCAUACUCGUUCAGAGGCCGAAGUACAGUCGGCGGUGGUUAGCCUUGAUGCCCAUGAGAGUCAAAGCGCGGAAGUUGACGAGGAUGAGGGCCCAUACAGUGUGGCCCAGCGUUUUCGUCUUAUGGUCGUUGCAGACCACCUAAAGGACGGCAUCGCAUGUGAAAAGGAAGUUGUUUUGCAGGCUGCCGAUAUAUCUGGACUGAGAAUAGGGGGCCCGCGCCCAAGUUUCAAUGGCGGGUUGCUCCCUCUCGUCGGUCUCCCUUUUUUGGCGGCAGCUGGCCUGAAGAACCACAUCCUCGGAGUGAAAGGCGCAGAACACGACAUGCAACUCCCAGGAGAGAGCACUUUGACCCCGUAUGACAUCGUAGACGGUGCAGUUGACACUCGCUCGCAGCUUGUAGAUCCUGAUGAGUUGGCAGAAGUGCCCACGUGGAAGUCAAAGGCUUUCAUUGGAUCUGCAGUGGCAUUGGCCAGCGCCAUCAUUGCUGGCUUCGCAUCUUCGUGGUGGGCUGCCAAACGAGAACGGUCUCGACGCGGCUUGCUAGGCAGCGGGCGGACAGUGGUGUGGGACGUCUCUGACUGCAUUCUCCUUGUAGACGUUGGCCAAGCCCAGGCCCAAAAGGCAAUUUUCGGCACCUUUGUUCGGGGAUCCGCGAGACUCGUCGUCGACCAUCGGCGACAGCGCGGCCGGUUGCUGUACGAAGAACGGCCUCCGCUUGUUGGACAUCUUGUAUCCCGCCUUCGGGGCAAGAACCUUGCUAGGUUCGAGGAUUUUCAGCUGAGCACGCCGGACUGCUAUUUUCGUCCGGACUUCGACCCGCACACUCCAGCGAAGCCGAUAGAAGUUCGUGACAAGAGGAGAGGCGGCGUUAUGUCCCUUCCUCAAACCGCUGGCGACCUCUUCUUCCGUGAGCUGCUUGAUUCGAAGGGCAAGCGCACUGAGGGUCUGGCGCUUCACUUUGUGAGAAACCCCGGCUGGGUGUCCUCGACAGAGACUGCGUCUCUGACUGCAGCGUCGCGAGCCAUUGCGACAGAUCUGGAUUUCACCUUGUUGAUGCGUCAAGCCGCAUCCGAAAGUGUGGAGUGUCUGGGAAGCGAAGAAACGGGCAGCGGCGGCAGACCCGUGUGCUGGAGGCCGCUUCCUGAGGCGGGUUCCUUGUUUCUGUGGCAAGAGGAGGUCACGGGCGAGAAAUGUACAGUGGUAGCUGCCUUUCGAGGCAGCGUUAGCUAUUCAGUCCGGGCGAACUUUGCAACUCAGGAACUGUCCAUAGGUUCCGAUGCAUCUGUUUAUGGAAGCAUGGUUACUGUGCGACGUGUGCUGAGCAAGUGCCUGCUGCUCGAACGGAAUCCUCCUCACCAUGGUGUUGCAGUGCAGAAAGCGUCGAUCCCGUGUCAUGACACCUCGGCGGCGCCAUGCGGCAGUAUCCUCGUAGGACAAGAGACUGAAGAAGAAGGGGACGAUGGAUACAACUUGGAGGCCUCAUUGAAGAAGGCUGUCGAGGUAGCGUACGUGGCUUCACCAGGAGAGGAAGAACUCGAUCUUGUAGGUGCAAGUGCCGCAAGACAAAGAGACUACAGAGUGCGCACGGAGGCUUCGAAGGCGUCUAAUUCUGUGCUAGAGUUCUUCACGGUGUUCACUGUACAUUUUCAACGCAAGCCUGCCGAUUGGCCUGUCCUGUUUGAGAUGAGGAAGAAGGGAGCGGCCAGGACUAGAGUAUGA